GCCCAGUUUGCAACGCGAGCAGAUAUAACAGACUGACUCUGGCAGGGAAGGGUACUGCCCCAUUUUUGCUAGGUUUCCCUCUCCGCCGCCACAGCCGCUUCUCCCCAUCUCCCUCCUCGCCGCCGCCCCCCGCUCGCCGCCAUGGGACGCAUGCACAGCAACGGGAAGGGCAUGUCGUCCUCGGUGAUCCCCUACAAGCGGGAGGCCCCGGCCUGGGUCAAGACGUCCGCGCCGGACGUGGAGGAGAUCAUCGUCCGCGCCGCCAAGAAGGGUCAGCUGCCGUCGCAGAUCGGCGCCCUGCUCCGCGACGGCUACGGCAUCCCGCUGUCCAAGGCCGUCACCGGCGCCAAGAUCGUGCGCCUCCUCAAGGCCCGCGGGCUGGCGCCGGAGAUGCCCGAGGACCUCUACUUCCUCAUCAAGAAGGCCGUCGCGAUCAGGAAGCACCUGGAGAGGAACAGGUCGGACGUGGACGCCAAGUUCCGCCUCAUCCUCGUCGAGAGCCGGGUCCACCGCCUCACCCGCUACUACCGCCUCACCAAGAAGAUGCCCGCCGCCUGGAAGUACGAGUCCACCACCGCGAGCACUCUCGUCGCCUGAUUCGGUUAAGCUUCGGUUCCUUGACGUAAUUCUCUGCAGCUUUGGACUUCGGUUUUGUGUUAAGUAGUAAGCAAUGCUUUUUGGGGUUGUAAGCUGUUAAACAUAUCAGCUACCGCUCGUGUGUGCCUGGACAGAAGUAUUUCGAGAGUUUAGUGGGACUGGAUCAGGUUUUGAUCCUUGGAAGUUGAGACUAUUUACAAUGUGUUGGUUUCCUAACUUCGAGUAGGCUGGUAAUGCUCUUCGUAGGUGUAUUGCUGUCACAAAUCCUGCAGUGGAGUAAGAAACUUGCUAAUGCA